UAACUAUACGAAUAACGAUGAGACGACUUCAUUGGAUAACUACUUAUCUCUCGAAAGUUUUUUCCAAAAAUAUCCAAACCUUAAGAAAAAUGAGUUUUACAUAACGGGUGAGAGUUAUGCCGGAGUUUAUAUACCAAUGUUAGCCAAACAGAUAUACAAACAUAACUCGACCAUCAAUUUGAAAGGGCUGGCCAUAGGGAACGGCUAUUUAGAAGAUGAAAAGGAUGAUAACUACGGUCAGUCCAGGUUUGACUUUGCAUUGGCGCACGGGUUGAUCACAACCGCUGAUUAUGAGCUCAAAAUCGAGAAUUGCUGCGAAUGUAAGGCCGGUGCUGUUGAACACCAGUGCGAUUUCACUACACCUGCUAAUCAAACGUAA